UUUCUGUUUUUCUACCCAGAGAUACUAAAUGAAGCUCCAAAGAUUUCGUCAAAAGAAAGGCCCUUCGAGCUCACAGAAGUCAAAUAUUCUCCAAGAAAGCGAAACCCUACAAGAGACACAAUUUACACRGCSCUCAAAUCACGWUUGGAAGAAAAAGACACACUUCUAGACUUCGGAGACGUUUCUGUGCCAYACUCGCCCUUUUCUGAAUUCUUAUCUAAACAAUUACAGCGAAAAAGAGAUMAMAAAAUGCACCAAWCUUCUCACGAUGGACCASGAACUCUGAAGGUGGAGAACCUGGGYACUCUUCCUGGUGAAGAAGACCUCAGAAGCAAAGAACUCCACAGUGAUGGAGAAGUACUCGAUUUGUUGGAGAAAUUCCAAGAAGCCGACUUUGUAGCGACAGGACGCAAGUUUUUUGGCGAUAAAGAUGGUUCUUGGAAAAAUACGACUCUUGUAUGAGUGCUUUAAAUAUCGAAAGCGAAUGAACUUUAGUUGGCGGGUCUAAAAUAACACUAGGGCCGGUUGUACGAAGGAUUGAUAAUUAAGUUAUACAAAGCCCACUGGAAAAAAUCGCGCGCUUUAAAGGUUGUAAAUUUGAUGUAAAUAUGAUGUAA